AGCUUCCCCCCUCCAAAGAACCCAUUCCGCUUUCCCUCGGCCGGGAAGAAGGAGGAGGAGGAGGAGGAGGAGAAGGCAGGGGCUUUGCUCUUCCUCCCCAGCAGGAGGUUGGGGUCGGUGGUUGGGGUGGGAAGCAGUGGAUGAACGUGAAAUCUUCGACCUCUUUCCGAUCGCAGAGCAGCUUUCACCGGUCGGCAUCGCCCGCCGGCACGAUGGACCUUUUUGGGAGCUUCGUCCGGCCCCACGGAGAGACUUUGGGAUUCCCAGCAGCUCAUCCCAGCAGCACUGGCACGGUGAAGACCUUGGGCAACACCUAUCAGUUCACGGUGGACGUCAGCGACUUCUCCCCCGAGGACAUCAUUGUCACCACCUCCAACAACCAGAUCGAGGUGCAUGCCGAGAAGCUGGCUGCAGACGGCACUGUCAUGAACACCUUCACCCACAAAUGCCAACUGCCUGAUGAUGUGGACCCCACAUCGGUGUCCUCCUCGCUGGGGGACAAUGGCACGUUGACCAUCCGGGCUCAGCGACAGCCCGCCAAGCACACCGAGCACGUCCAGCAAACCUUCCGGACUGAGAUCAAGAUCUGAGGGGUUGGGGAGGGGUGGUUCCUGUUCCCCUUCUCCCUCCUUAAUUAUUUGGGUAAUUUGGGAAUGAGGUGGGAUGUGGGGUAGGGAAGAGGAAUGCUCCCCCGCAGGCACGGUGAGACGCAUCCUGUUGCCCACCAGAGAAACUCCGGAUGGGAGUCCCGGCUCCGGUGGUUUUUAGCCAGUGAGGGGAAGAUGCAGUGUGCCAAGAGCUUGGCUGGGAGUGAGGAGAAAGGUUCCUUUCCCCAAUCCCCUGCUGGAGUUUGUCUCUGUAUAUACAGCUUGGGAUAAAUUAUUGAGAACGCCUGA